CGUUCCUCGAUACCUCGGCCAGAUUUUGAAGAAUGCGAAAGGGUUACGCAAUCAGCGUCUGACGGUGAAUAUCGGUUGACAUUGAUACGCCUACUAGACUAGACAAAUACCCUAGAACAGCCCUGCAGUCAUGGAAACACCAAGGUUUGGCCGUCCCGUAAUUCGCGCUCGCAAAGUCUCGUCGGUAACACCAGGGUGUAUAUACCUACGCCCAGUCGACGAGACUUGAUCCCCGCUUUUACAGCCUAGGGCAGACUCGGCAAACGUAAACAGCUUGCGUCCCUUCUAUAUUUCAGAUCUUCAAUUUGCUAUUCAAGAAUAACGAAUGACAAGUUGACUCAAGAUGACGACUUCAUCUAGAGCGAGCGACAAGCUCUUUUCCCCCCUCUCCAUUGCAAAUGGCAAAAUCACACUGAAGCACCGCGUCGUCCUCGCCCCUUUGACACGAAACCGCUGCCUGCCUCUUCAAAAAGAUGAGCCCGGACACUACAACAGAGUCUGGGUCCCAGACUCCCUAGUCGCAGAGUACUACCACCAGCGGACGACCGACGGCGGCCUCCUGAUCUCCGAGGGCAUCACUCCCAGCCUGGAAGGAAACGGCAUGUCCGGCGUCCCUGGGCUGUUCCACCCCGCGCAUCUCGCCGGCUGGAAACUCGUCACUGAGGCUGUCCAUGCGAAAGGCGGGUACAUCUAUGCACAGCUCUGGCACGCGGGACGCACGACGUCGGAGCCAUUUUCGGGCAAGCCUGCGGUUGCGCCGUCGGUGGUGCCGAUGGAGGGAGACUCGGGACGAGUACCGCCUGGGUAUGAGGGACCUGUCUUGUACGCCGAUCACCCACCGAUCGAGCUUACGAAGGAGCAUAUUAAGAGCACGAUUGACGAUUACUGCAAUGCCGCGAAGAUGGCGAUGGAGGCGGGCUUCGAUGGUGUUGAGGUGCAUGGCGGAAAUGGGUACCUCCCUGAGCAGUUUCUCUCGUCAAAUAUCAACAAGAGGACUGAUGAGUACGGAGGAAGUCCUGAGAAGCGGUGUCGCUUUGUGCUUGAGCUGAUGGAGGGCCUUGCACAGGCGGUGGGCGAGGAGAAUUGUUCUAUCAGGCUGAGUCCGUUUGGGCUUUUCAAUCAGGCGAGAGGGGAGCAGAGGAUCGAGACGUGGAGUUUCCUUUGCAAGCAGCUGAAGGAGAAGCUGCCGAAGAUGUCGUAUGUUUCACUGAUAGAACCGCGCUACGAACAAAUCCACUCUGUCGCAGAAAAAGACAAGAUGAUCAGCUCCUGGGGCCUCGACCCCUCCACCAUCAACCUCAGAUUCCUGCGCGAGAUCCUAGGCGACACGCCCGUCUUCUCGGCGGGAGGCUGGAAUGACACCAACUGCGAGGGCGUCGUUGAAUCCGGCGAGUACGACGCGCUGCUCUUCGGCCGCUACUUCACGAGCAACCCGGAUUUCGUGGAGAGACUGAGACUAGGCAAGAGCUUCACCAUGUAUGAGCGGGAUAGGUUUUAUGGGCCGUUUGAGGAUAGGGAGAGGGGGUAUACGGAUUAUGCGACUUGGCGCCAGCAGGAGAGGGUGAGGACUGCGGAUGCUACGGCGCAGAUGGAGGAAAUGGCGGCGGAGGUUGAAGUUGCUGCGUAG